CAUGUCUCUAAUCACCUCUGUGGCACUCCUGGUUUUCCUGACCAUUCAUGAAGCGAGCUCUGUGGGGGAUCAGGGUUUGAAUCUGCGGUGUCGGUGCAUCAACAAGGAGAACAAGCCCAUAGGGCGUCACAUAUUACUGGUGGAAGUCAACCCUGCAAACUCCCACUGCACGGACAUAGAGAUCAUAGCUACUCUUAAAAAGGAUGGACUGAAGGUUUGUCUGGAUCCCGAUGCUCCAUGGGUCAAAAAAGUGCUACAGAGAAAACUAGGGCAGACACUAUGAAGACCAAACCUUCCCCUAAAGACCUGGAAACACUAAAAGUAAUGUUGCAGCUCAAAGCUCCUUUAUUUCUUCUUAACAGAG